AUGUUCUCCGCGCGCAUUCGGCGGAGCAUUUGGCGCAUGCGGAGUUCACGACGCAGCACUCCGCCGGGACCCUCUUCCCCGCCCGAUCCUCCCGCCGACCGUCCUCGUUUCUCGCUCUGGCCCAGGCCUCCAGACCCUGAACCGGAGGAUGGAAGUAACACCAACAGUGGUAACCCCACUGACGAUGGCGACAGCAGCAGCGACGAAGACGACGAUGGCACCGUCAGCAGCAGUAGAGGUGACUCCAAGCCAAAAGGGAUCCCGGAUGGGAAGGGAGGGAUGAGGGUGCCUAGUGAUGCUGAGAUGUUCGUGCAUGUGUUUGUGAAAGGCUUAGCCAAGCGGCAGAUAGGGAUGAGUGAGGGCGGGAAAAGCAGCAGCAGUGAGAGUGGGAGGGAUGGUGAGAGCGGGGGUGAGAGAAACGGGGAGAAGCUAGGCGAACUGUUAAAACUUUUCAAGAGCUCUGGGAGAGGGAAAGAUGGUGGUAUCGGAAGGGGAGAGGAGGGGAAGGGGGUCAUGGUGAUUGAGAGGAGGGAUGGUUCUUCUAAAGAAGUUGAUGUGGCAGAGGUUGAGGCAGAGCUUGCAGCUUAUCUUGACUCCGCUAGCAAGAAGGCUGCUGAAGGCCGCAGUGAGCAGAGAGACAUGGGCAUGGAGUCAGUCACCUCUCCCAACCCCUCCAAACCGCUCGAAGCCACCAUUGACCCACCCAUUUCAUCCAAGUCUGCCAAGUCACCUGAACCUGCCAAAACACCUGAACCAGCCAAAACACCUGAACCUGCCAAAACACCUGAACCAGCCAAACCACCUGAACCUGCCAAGUCACCUGAACCAGCUAAAUCACCUGAAGCAGCCAAGCCACCUGAAUCUGCCCUGUCAUCUGAACCUGCGAAAUCACCUGAACUUGCCAAAUCGCCAGAACCUGAUAAAUCACCUGCCCAGUUCCUUGAACCUGCCAAACCACCUGAAUCGACCUUUUCAUCUCCCCUUCCUUCUAGCAGUACAGAAUCUCGCAUAGCCACGCCUUCUCCUUCCAUUUCACUGCCCGUUCUCUCACCUCCUCCUCCUCCUCCCUCUCCUCCUUCUACCUCCCCUCCUCCUUCUCCUUCCCGUUCUCCUCUUACUCCUCCUUCUCCCUUUCCUCCUCCUUCUACUUCCUCCUCUCCUCCUCCUCCUCCCUCUCCUCCCUCUCCUCCUCUGUCUCCUUCCUCCUCUCCUCUUCCUCCUGGUGUGGCAAAGGCAGAGCGAAAAGCGCCAAGCCCUGGGAUCAAAGACGAGCCCUUGGAUGUGCAAGGCGCUAGCAACGAGGCAGACUAUAAGGGGUAUAACGAGGCAGGGGGAGACGAGGGGGAGUUGGCGGCUGGGUGGGAUUCGAGCCAGGAAGUGAGGGGUGAGAGGGAGGGGGAAAGCGAGCAGAGAGAGAGGCCAGGGGUUGAGUCUAGUUCGGGGGAGGUGGAAAGGAGAAGGGGAGAGGAGGAGGAGGAGAGAAUUGAGGGGUUUGUGCCAAGGGAGGCAGAAGAGAGUGAGGAAGAGGAUAACGCGGGGUGGAUUGCGAUAGAAAAGAUUAAUGAGGUGCGGAUUGGAGUGGAGGAAGGAGAGGCGGAUUCAGCAGAGGGGCUGUCAGAUGUGAAUCAAGGGAUGAGGAGGACGAGGGGAGAUAAUCCAAAUGAGAGAGUGUUUGAAAGGACGAGAGAGAGAACGGAGACCUCUGAGUCUCCUGAACGAAUGAGCAAGGGAAGAGAGACCUUUGAGACGGCUCAAAAAGCAGCAGGGGGUAGACCAGAUGUGGAUGAAGGGAUGAGGAGGAGGGGAGAGGAUCUUGAGGCGCCUGUACGGGCGAGCGAGGGAAGAGAGACUUUAGUGGCACCUGAAAGAGUGAAUGAGAGUGGAAAGGUGAGACAAGAGGCGGAGAGGCAGAGCAAGGAGGAGGAGAAGAAGAGACUGGAAGAGCAGCAGAGGGUGGAGAGGAAGAGGGAGAGGAGGAGGGCGAGAAGGGUGAUGCUGCUGGCAGCUCAGCUUAAAGAGGCCUUGGAGAGGCAAGGCAAGGUGAUUCUUGAGACGCCUGAAAAGACUGCUCAGUUGAAAGAGGCAAUGGAGAGGCAAGGGGAGGGAAGGCAGGGGGCGAUAGGGCAGGGAGGAGAAGAGAACGUGUGGGAAGAUGGGGUGGGAGAGAGGAGAGAGGGGGAUGGUGAUGGGGGUGAGGGAGUGUUGGGUGAGGGGCGCAGGGAGGGACAGGAGGGAGAGAUGGGCGAAGGCAAGCGACAGAUGGGAGAAGGGGGAGAGAUGAGCGAAGGUGAAAGUGAGACUAGCGAGGAGUUGGAAGCGGUGAAGAUGGAAUAUGAAGGAGACAAAGUGGGGAAGGUGGAAGGAGGGGGGAAUGGUUUAGGAGCAGGAGGGAGUCUGGAUGUGGAGGAGUUGAGAGUGGUGGAUUUGGGGCAGGUGGCGCUUCUGCUGGGGGCUAUUGAAGGGCUCAAGGAGGUUCGGGAUUUGCCGAAGCUGAUGAGCUGGCUCGGCGGUGUGUCGCAGGGGGAAGGCGGUGAGGUUGGUCGUGCUGAGGUGGAUCAGGCCAGUGAUGACGUGUCUCUGGGCAGUGCUGAGGUGUCGCAGGUGCUGUAUGAGCUGGCGAUUGCGGAGGAGAGUGAGAAAGCAUUAGCGCUGCUGAGAUGGAUGGAGGAGAGGAGGGAGAGGGAGUGGGAGGGGAUGAGUACGGAUCAACGGAGAAAGAUUGUGGAGGAGGAGAGAGCGAGAGAAGCGAGAAGCCUCGAAAGAGGGAUGCAACGGGGGGAAGAGAGAAUUGAGAGGAGGACGGCGAGUGGAGAAGAGAAUGGGGUGCCAGAAGAAAUUCAAGGAGGAGUGGUAAUUGGGGCGGUUUUGGGGGCACCUGAAAAUACCCAAGAGGGGGUGCUGUUUGGGCCGACGUCAAAUGCGUAUGGUGGUGUUAUAACGAUGCUGCUUCGCUUGGGGCGGGUGGAGGAGGCUGAAGCGAUGGUCAUGGGGACAGUGCGAGAGACGCAGGAGCAGCAUGAGAAGGGGCAGAAGGGGCAGAAUGGGCAGCAGGGGCAGCAGAAGCAGCAGUUAAAGCAGCAGCAGGAACAGUGGGAGAAAAUCCAUCCUCCCCCCAUCCCCAUUCCCCACCGUGUCUACUGCCAACUCAUUGGCGCUCUGGUUGGCACCGGCAAGGGCUUGCGAGCACUUGCUGUGUUUUCCAAAAUGAGGAAAGAGCAGGGCCAGGGGCAGAGCACCGGGCAGAGCAAGGGGCAGAGCAAGGGGCAGGGCAAGGGGCAGAGCAAAGGGCAAGGCAAGGGGAAUUGGAAGGGGGGCGGCACAGAGUGGGGGAAAGGUGGGGGAAAGGGGGGUUCCGAACGGGGUUAUAAGUGGGCGGACAAAGGGGCGAGGAAGGCGGGGGAAGGGCGGCCUUCUUUGGCGUUAUGCCACCUGGUGAUGAAGGGGUGCUUGAAGGAGGGCGGGCGGGCGGGAUUGGAGGGAUGUUACGCGAUGGUGGAGGAGAUGUAUGCGAUGGGCGGCAAAGUGAAACCCACUCCGCUCACUUUCUCCUUCCUGAUCCGUGCACUUCUGCAAGAGGGGGAGCUGAAGCGAGCACCUCGCGUGCUGCGCGAGAGGAUGCCGCGCAGAAACCUGGUUCCUCGCUUGGAGGACGUGCAUGCAGUCAUGAAGGCCCUGCUGGGGCAAGGCGAGGAGGCGGGAGUGGCCGAGGCGAUGAGGAUCAUGAAUGAGAUUCUGGGGGUGAAGGGGGAGGGGUGGAGGAGGGAGAGUACCUUACAGAUGGUCAAACCGAGCGAGCUCACCUUCCGCAUGCUCAUCCUCGGCCUGUGUCGCGAGCGCAACCCCAGCAAGGCCGUGUUCUACCUCACUUGCAUGAUGGACCGGGGACUGAUGCCCGACAGACAGCUCUUUCGCGCCUGCAUGCUCACACUCUCCGCUCUCGGCAUCACCCGCGAUGCAUUGGAGUUAUUCGAGCUGAUGCGCGGGACGAGGGCCACGCGGGCGCUGAUAGACGCGGACAUGUGCACGCUGCUGCUGGCGGCGCUGGGCAAGCGCGGGCUAGGGGUCGAGAUGAAGCGCGUGGCAUCACUCAUGCGGAAGAUGGCGAUCGCUCACAGUGGCGAGUCGUACGCGCAGCUGAUCAUGGGGUAUGCACGGGCGGGCAUGUGGGGCGAGGUGGAUGCUCUAGUGGCCGAGAUGGACGAGCAGCCUAGCCGAAACACAACUAUCGCCACCUCAGCUGCUGUUGCUGCUGAUUCCGCCUCCAUCUACGUUGGUGUUGAAGAGCUGGGGAUUGGAGUUGAGCCGACAGUGAGGGACAGCAUGGCGGUGUGCAAUGCGCUGAUGAUGGCGUAUGGGAGGGCGGGCAGGAUGGAGCAGAUGGAGAUGGUGGUCAAUCGGCUCCGGGUGCUGUCGCCAGAUGGCACGCUGCGACUGGAGUCGUACAACACUCUCCUGGAGGUGUACGCCCGUCGCUGUGCCCGCAACCCAAGAAGACGAGAGAGAAGCAGAAACAGACGCAAGGCCUCUGCUGUUGCUGCUGAUGCGUCUGCUGAUACUGAUACUGAUGCUGAGGGUCCUUCCCUUCCACUAAAAGAAGGCAGACAACCUCAAGCCCAGGGAGAGGAGGAGGAGGGAAAAGAAGCAGACAAGGAGGGAGAUGGAUACGUGGAGAGCGAUUUAGAGGACGAGCAGGAGGGAGGGGAGUGGGGGGGAGAGGAGACAGAGGAGGAGGAAGAGGAGGAGGAGGUGAGGGCGCGGCAGGCAGCAGCGAUGGCGGAUGUGGCACGGGUGGUGAUGGAGGUGGAGGGGGCGGGGCUGCAUCUUUCCAUGCGCUCGUACGCUGCUGUCAUGCAAGCGCUGGGCCUUGCAGGUCACUUUGAUCAGGUGAAAGGGCUAGUGGCAGCAGCACGAGCGCAAGGGCUCUCAUUCUCCCCCCCCGUCUACCGCAUGUUGAUAGACGUGCUCGGGAGGGGGGGACGACUGGGGGAGGCUCUACUGGUGCUGGAGGAGCUGAAGAGGGUGCACCCCGGGCAUGGCAACCUGUCUGCUUAUAAUACACUGCUUCUGGCUCUGCAAGACGCCCAUCCAGAGCACAUGUUCGCUGUGCUGGCACUCAUGGCAUCUCAACGCGUGCUGCCCAAUCGCAACAGCCUGGGUGCUAUGCUGGCAGCGUGUGAGGCUGCCAACUCGCCACGUGGCGCUGCCAGGGUGUACCUCAGCGUGGUUGACACGUGGCGCGACGGGAUUGGCCGGGAGGGAAGUGGAGGCGGUGGGGGGGAGGAUGGGGAGGAGUGGGAGGGAGAGGAAGGGGAGGGAGGGGGCGUGGUUGAUGCGAUUCUCAGGGCUGUGGGAAGAUUUGGGGGGAAGCAGCAGCAGCAGAAGGAGAGACAGCAGCAGAAGCUGAAGCAGCAGCAGCAGGGGGAACAGCAGGAGGAGAAGCAGCAGCAGCAGCGGCAGAAGCAGGAGGAGAAGCAGCAGCAGAAGGAGGGACAGCAGAAGCAGAAGGAGGGACAGCAGAAGCAGAAGCAGAAGAAGGGACAGAGGCAGCAAAGGGACGAGGAGGAGGAGGAGGAGGAGGAGGAGGAGGAGAGGGAGGGUCAGCAGGGGCCGAGGAGCCCCAGUAUGGAGAUGGCGGAGAGGGUGGUGAGGCUGUGCCGUGAGGGGCUGCUGGCAGGGCAAGCAGUGGAGGUGCUUGAGGGACUGCUGGCCAAUGGGAUCGUGCCAUCUGUCAAGUGCUACAGUGAUGUUAUCCAUUGUCAAUCGUCUCUCGGCCAAUGGCAGCAAGCCCUCUCCACCCUCUCCCAAGCCCUCUCUCUCAGCAUAACCCCCUACUCCUCCGCCCUCCUCGCCCUCGCCCACUCUCUCGCUUCCGCCGGCAAAGAGCAAGAAUGCUACCAAGUCCUUCGUGUCUACUUCACCCGUGCACGCGCCGUUGACCUAGCUGUGUUCUGGGGUGUGGGAUUACAUGUGCUGGCAGCAGCAGGGGAGGAGGAGAGGCUGGAGAAGAUAGAGGGCAAUGGUAGUGGCAACGAGGGUAGCGAUGGGAAUGAGGAGGAUACCAGCAGCAGCAGCUCUGCUAGACGGCCACGUGCUGACGUGGACUUAGACACCGCUGGCUUGGAUCCCAGCACUGCUGACGUGGCAGACAAGAAAACCUCCAGCAAGGAAGAUGCUGACCCGGACGAGCUCGUAGACGACAUCGACAGCAACGCCGACCCAGCAUUCAUGCACGUCCCACCGCGCAUUCUCGCCGAAUUCCGUUCCUUCCUCACCCUCCCGCCCUGCCCCAUCGAGCCCACCCGUGCCGUUGCCAACGCCAUUAUUGACACGGCCUAUUCCCUGCAUCUCACCCAAGCAGCUGCGGAUUUUUUCUACGCUGCGAACGAGGCACGGAUGUUCCCGGACCUGUUCCGAGUGGAACGGGAUUCGCUGGUGCUGUCACUCAGGCUCGUGUCGCCGGCCGGGGCUGAGUUAAUAACUGCUGGGUUCUUCUGCCUCUGGUGCGAGAAAUCUGGACCAUUGCCGUCGUUGAUCCUCCGUCAGACGGGUUUAGAUACGCUGGAUGAUUUCAGGGUUGCGGAGGGUUCAAGGGACCCGAUUCCAGGGUUUAGGGACCCUAUGGGGGGGACAGGAAUGGGUAUGGGGCUGAGUCCUGAGUUUGAACUGCUGGAGAAUUUGUCUGAGAUGGGGCGAGCGCUAGGGGGUGGUGGUGGUGGAAGGAGUGUGGGGGGUGUUCAAGUGAAGGAGGUUAGGAUUGAGAUUCCUGGGGAAGAUGAGAGGGUGUAUGAGAGAGAGUUGGUGCGGAUGGGGGUGGGGAAAGCAGUGAAGAUGCUGGAAGUGCCUGGGCAGUUGGAGGAGGGGGAGGAGGCGUGGGGGGCAGCCAUGGCAGCCACAUCUCAAGUAGCCUUCCCUGCCGCCUACACAGCCGCGCCCGCCGCCCGCGCUACUGCGUGCUCCGCGCGCGUUUCCCUCCGCACACCUUCCUUCUCCGCGCAAGCCCUUCCCGCGGUGCGCGCAUUCCCCGCGCGGGCGGAGCGCGUCGUCGCUCCGCGCGCGGCGGUGGCGGAGGCGGGGAGCGAGGCGGCGGCGGAGGAACCUAAGAAGGUGAAGGUGCUGUCCGUCAAGGAGGGCAAGCAACGGCUGCUCCUUAAAUUCGUCUGGCUCG